AUGUCUAACGAUCCGUCCGUGAGGCGCAUCUUGCCUCAGAGCUCCCAGAUGGGCAGUUUCUCUUUUGCGCCGCAGCAGUUCCCUCAGAGGGAAACCCAGAAGAACUAUGUUUUCGUGGAUGAGCACAAUCGUCAUAAACGAUUGAAGGUCAUGAGGGCUUGUGAAGGAUGCAGGAGAAGGAAGAUCAAGUGCGAUGCGGCCACGACAAACACUUGGCCUUGCUCAGCGUGCAUCAGGCUCAAGCUUCAUUGUGUUCGUCCCAAUGGCCAGUACGAUGGCACCGACAGUUACGAGCCUGGCAGGGAUGAAUUCGCCGCCACGCCCUCUCAACUGCAAGAUAGCUUCCGCCAUCAAGCCUCCAUGCAGCAACAGUCGAUGAUGCCCGGCGGGCAGAAGUCCAACCCGUCCAUGUUUGCUGCUCAGGGUGCAUAUUCGGAUCCCAGCAUCUUCCCGUCUGUUCACUACUCUGAGCAGCCAUCCCACCAGCAUAACUUGCACUAUACCACGGUGUCCCCCUCGGUGUCGAUGAUGGAACAGCCUUACACCGGCCAGAAUGUGUUUCCUACGCCGCCUCUUCAGCAUAGCGCACAUCCAGAUUCUCCUCCCGAUACAUAUUCCCAAGACGGCUCCUAUCAGCAAUCCGAUCUGGCUGACCUUCUCGGCUCACUGAAGGUCAAUGAGGCGGGGACAGCGCCAUACCUGAGAAACAAAGCCUCUUUCCUCCAUGACGAGGAGCCAGCCGUUGAAGACGCCGAAGAUUUCAAGACUCCCUUACCGCCCAUCACCUCGGGACCUGGUCUGAAGAUUCGCAUCCCCCCCGAAUUAAUGCCAGACGAGGAGACUGUCAUGCAUUAUUUCGACCUAUUCUUUAGCCAUGUGCAUCCUUAUGUGCCCGUUCUUAGCAAGACCGUGUUCUAUCACCAAUGGAACACCAACCGGGAGUCCAUAUCACCUCUCAUUGUCGAAGCCCUGUUUGCCAUGGGGGGAAGACUUGCCGACGAUCCUGCUCAAGGGCAGCAAUGGCUUGCCUUGGCGACGAAACAUGCUGACUCUUUCAUGGACGUACCGAGACUCAGCACCCUUCAGGCGUUGCUGCUCAUUCUGAAAGCCAGGGAAGCAGCACCGAAGCGCGGCUACUAUUACCGUUCGUGGAUGACGAUCGUGCAGUGCGUGCAAAUGGGUAAGGAUCUCGGCCUGGACGAGCAUUAUUCGGACCACCAGCUUGGACGGCCGUGUGGUUCUUCUCCAACAGAAUGCCAGAUGAAGAGUAGGAUUUGGCAGGCAAUUUUUGUCUGCGAAACCAUGAUUGGAUCACCUCAAGGACGAACCGAUCUUGCUGUCGAGCUAGACUCCAUCGACUUCAGUGUUCCGCGUCCCAUCCCGGGCGGCGACGAUUCCGAGUACCACAUCACCCGUAACUUUACCUACUUUGCACGAGUCGUUCGCAAUGUCAGCCGCAUGAACACUGCUUACGGCCAUCUAAAGAAGAAGAAGACGAAGGACUGGGGCGUUGAUCCCGAGUUUGUGCAGCUCAACCCGGCCCUAAACGCUUGGUUGAACGACCUCCCCGCAGAUCUAUCGGUUACCUUUCCUCCGGACGGUUCGCCGCCGUGGCUUUCGUCGCCAUAUAUCGGGAACAUGCACUCCUACUACUACCUGACCUUGAUUCUGCUUCAUCGACCUCAGCUCAACUUUCUCGACCCUAACGGACAGGAUGGUCAAUGGAAGCAGCAUAUGAUGAUCUGCUACUCGGCGGCCAAGGCACUCUGUCGGCUGCAGGAGGCGGUUCUGAACUCCUUUGGCCUCCCCGGCCUGCAAUGCAUGCUUCGCGGGUUCAGUUUCACCGUUUACUGCGGACUGUGCUGCAUUGUUCUGCAUUUGGUAGCUGUUGUUUCGCCAGAUCCCGAUCUGAACACCGACGCUCGCGAAUUUUUCACACGGCACAUGCGAGUCCUUGAGAGGGUCAUGACGGCUUGGCCAAUGGCGGAUCUUCAGAAGCAAGUGGACGCAGUACGCGAAGCGUUUUCUGCUGAUACCAGAAAGCCUUUUGUACUCAAGCCAAGUUUCCCUUACGGCAGCCCUCAGUCGUCCAACCAUUCCAGUCCUCCUCGGGGUUACAGGCCUGGUAUGGGUCGCACCACGUCUUUGGGUCAACAGCUGGACACUCAGAACCUUCAGCAUUCUCAAGUCAGUUAUACCAGCCACCCCAUUACACCUCCUAUUUCUGCCGGGCCUAUGGAUACCAAGGGUGACUCGCCUGCUAUACAGUCGCUCGUCAUGAUGGCCAACCAAGGUUCCCAAGCGCCGGGGUUGCAGCAAUCGAUGUCGCUUUCAGAUGCGCCGGCCUGGAAUCCUGCACGUAUUUUUGAGCAAUGGAACACGUCUUUCGGUACGCCUCAGGUCCAACCACAGCCUUCGACGCUCCCUCCCCAGUCCAGUUCGCUUAGUGUUUCUCCAUCUUCAGGUGCACCCGAAGCUCCAUCUCUUCAAGACAUUCAGGCUGUCAAUGCCACUCUGCCAGUGGUCUCUCAACAAAUGGCGCAGCAGUAUUCAGCAGCGCCAGUGCAGACAUUUGUCUCGCCAGCCAUGUGGCAAGAGUCCGUAGCUAGUGUCUACGAAGGCGGUCUGAAGCGGGCCUGGGACUACGAUGGCAGUGGUCCUAUGAUGAAGCGGCGAUGA